AUGGCCUUCACCUUGGAAGCACACAGGUUCGAUCCCGCCGCCAUAUCGGCUGAAGCGCGCGCGUUCAACGCCGAGCUCUCGCGCCUCACCGCCUCCACGCCUAAAUGGUACGAGAUUGGCGCAGAAAACUACCGCCAGCUCCGAGCAAAAGGCCUCGCUUCCUUCCCCCCACCAACCCCCCUCCCGAGCGGCAUAACGUUCGAGAUGCCCUCUCGCGAUGCAGGCCGCUCCAUUCCCUGCCGCGUCCUCAAGCCCCAAGGGCAGGCGCGCGCCGUCCUGAUGCACAUCCACGGCGGAGGCUGGGUCCUGGGCAGCGAGUCCAUGCAGGACCCCAAGCUGAAGCGCCUUGUGGACGAGCACGGCAUUGUCUGCGUAUCUGUGGGUUACCGACUUGCGCCAGAGCAUCCUUUCCCCGCCGGUCCGCGGGAUUGCUUCGACGCGGCAGAAUGGCUGGUGCGGAAUGCAGAGCACCAGUUCGGGUGCGCACUGGGCUUCAUAGGCGGCGAGUCGGCGGGCGCUCAUUUGACUGCCUUGACGGCGCUGCAUCUCCUUCAGCAUGCCGACGACGUGUAUUCGUCGUUUAACCUCAAGGGGUUGCUGCUUCACUACGGAUGCUAUUCCAUGCGGUGGCUGCCCAACGUCUACAGUUUCGCCAAGAGGGAGCCGCAUCUGCUGCUGAGUCUCGACAUCAUGAGGGAGUUUCGGAGCGCAUUUCUGGGCAAAGACGUCGGGGAUGAGGCGUUGGACGACCCGAGCAUCAGCCCGUUGUAUGCGGAUCUUCCGAGUUUGCGCGGCAGGUUGCCGGCUGCCCUGUUUACCUGCGGCUCCGAGGACUACUUGCUUGAUGAUACGCUCUUCAUGAGCGCGCGGUGGCUGGCGGCCGGGGGGGAAACGUCUGUGACGAUUGUGAAUGGCGCGCCGCAUGGCUACGACAUGUUUGACAGACUGGAGAGUGGCGCUGCUGAGGGGAAUGCAGCUGUCGAUGGGUUUUUGGAGGACAAGCUGCGUUUUAGUGCGCCCAUCGUCACCGUAGGCGCUAUCAGCGUUAGACAGGCCGAAGAUGAUCAGGGUACAUUGCCCAACGACGCCUGCGUCAUCUCCCUGGUGGAAUGGCGGAACACAUCAGAAGCGUCCUCGCGCCCAAUAGCUCCCCGGGGUGACCAUCUGCCGAAGCUGCCGGCUCGUCAUGAGCUGAUUCUGGCCAGAUGUCUGGGUAAUUUUUGUGACGCCCUCCAUCGACGGAAAUUUGUCCUUGUGACGAGGGGCUGA